AAUGAAAUGACAAAAUAAUAGGCCUCAAACAGGCCUGCACAAAAUGGCUCGGCCCGGCCCGUAAUUGUAGAAUCCCGGUACUGCACAACGUACAAACCUGUGAAGCACUCGAUUCUCAUGCCAUGAACGCACUAAAGCUUGAGUAGCGUAAAAUCUCCGAACCAUUACUCCCUUCCUCCGCCGCUGCCCACUAUCCUCCGUCGCCUGAAACCGCUGUUCUUCAGAAGAAGCCCCAAAAUCUACCAGCCGUUCUCCCCAAACUUGUUGAUCGCCUCCAGUUUCAUGGCUGACUCAAACUCCAGGGCUUCUGUUUUGGCUGAUUCCGCAGAGAAUGGUCCAAAAUAUGCGGAGAUUAUUGUAAUUCGUCACGGUGAAACGGAAUGGAAUGCUGAUCGUAGAAUUCAGGGGCACUUGGAUGUGGACUUAAACGAUGCUGGGAGACAGCAAGCAGUUGCGGUGGCUGAUCGGCUUUCAAGGGAGCCUAACAUAUCUGCAGUAUAUUCAUCUGACCUGAAGCGAGCAUCUGAAACUGCCGAGACCAUAGCAAAAGGCUGUGGUAUACUUGAGGUUACCAAAGAUCCAGCCUUCCGUGAAAGACAUCUUGGAUACCUUCAAGGCGCUGUGUUACACGAAGCUGCCAAAGUUAAUCCAGAUGCUUACCAAGCAUUUUUAUCUAACCGAGACGAUCAAGAAAUCCCAGGUGGUGGAGAGAGUUUUAAUCAACUAUACCAGCGUUCCACAUCAGCUCUGCAAAAGAUUGCAAAGAAACACAUCGGUGAGAGAAUCGUUGUAGUCUCGCACGGUGGUACGAUUAGAGCCCUUCACAAAAGGGCUUCGCCACAUAGGCGCUGUGCUGCGAAGGUUUUAAAUACUUCCGUCAAUGUAUUUCACCUGUCUGAUGAAGGCAAAUGGAGCAUUAAAUCGUGGGGUGAUGUGAGUCACCUUAACCAGACAGAAUUUCUUGAGUCGGGUUUUGGCGGGGAUAGAAAUUCUGGCUAAGUUAAGUUCCAUUUGCUUGAUCGAUUUGCUGAUUAUUGAUGAAGCCACUCAAAAGGUAUGAAUUUUUUAGACUCUAUUAUAUUGGUUCUCCUUGUUCAUUUCUAGUUAUGUAUGUAAGAAUACACAACCAUUCAUCAUGAAUAUUAACUAGAGUUAAGUUAUUUACCUUUAUGAAUCGGAAACGAGAGAGAGACCUAGGGGUGGGAA